AUGAAGGCUUCCAUCUUUACCUUGGCAGCCAUCGCCGGCUUUGCAGUUGCGGCCCCCGUGCCAGAGUCGACGGACGGCAACAGCGCCGACGUUGACUACAGGAAACUGUGGCGCAAGGAACCCGAGGAGGCUGGCACGGAUGGAGGCAUCUACUCUGUCCGGCAGUGGGGAGGCAAGAGGGACGCGAGCACCGCCGAUGACGACUACAGGAAGAUUUGGCGAAAGGACCCCGAGGAGGCUAGCACAGAUGGCGGAAUCUACACGGUUAGGCUCUGGGGCAACAAGAAGAGAGACCCAGGCACCGACAUUGACUACAAGAAGAUUUGGCGGAAGGACCCCGAGGAGGCUGGCACGGACGGCGGCAUCUAUACGGUUAGGCUCUGGGGUAACAAGAAGAGAGACCCAAACACCGCCGAUGACGACUACAGGAAGAUCUGGCGAAAGGACCCCGAGGAGGCUGGUACCGAUGGAGGCAUCUACACUCCUGCACUCUGGGGCAUCAAGAAGGAUACGAACAGCGCCGAUGCCGACUAG